CCAAACCCCGCCCCGCCCCGCCCCGCCCCGCCUCCUCCAUGCUCUCCACGUCACCGCGGCCCUGGAAGCGCCCUGAGACUUGAAAAGCUAGGAUGGCGUGAGCGUGCGCAAGCGGCGUUUCCUGGGCAACGAUCUGUGGGGCAGAUGGGCGGGCACCUAGCGGGGUCGGGUUGUGCGGAGCUCUGGGUUCCUGCCUUACCGUGUCUGACAACCCGCGGUGCGACCGAGAAGACCAACCCACCCACCAUUAGUGGAUCCACCACCCAGAUGCUGAGAUGUUUCAUGGAACAAUCACAAAAGAGCUUACCAGCCAUGAGGAAUGGAGUCACUAUAAUGAAAAUAUAAUAGAAGAUCAGAAAGAUUUUGUAUUUGUGAAGUAUAGUGGCCUUCAUCUGAAGUCCAUGGAGAACCUGCAGACCUGCAUCUCUCUGAGAGUGUGCAUCUUCUCUAACAACUUCCUUACUGACAUUCAGCCACUGCAGAGCUGCAAAAAGCUCAUCAAACUUGAUCUCCAUGGAAACCAGAUAAAGACUCUUCCAGAUAAAAAUUUUUGGAGUGGACUCAAGAACCUAAAACUCCUCUAUCUUCAUGACAAUGGAUUUUCCAAACUGAAGAACAUCUGUGUAUUGUCUGGUUGUGUAAGCCUCAUAGGGCUGACCAUGUUUGACUGCCCAGUGAGCCUGAAGAAAGGCUACAGACAUGUUCUUGUCAACAGUAUCUGGCCUCUAAAAGCUCUGGACCAUCACGUGAUAUCCGAUGAAGAAAUCAUUCAGAACUGGCGUCUUCCAGAGAGGUUUAAGACGUUCAGCCCCAGUCUAUUCUUUAACCUUUACCCAGCAUUGAUAAAGGGUACCACCUAUGAAGAUGAAAUAAAGAAUAUCAAACAUAUAAUUUCAAGAAUUAAUGAAAUUCUGGCUCAUAAUUCACCAGUGUUGAUUAUCCAAAGAUGGAUACGUGGUUUCAUAGUUAGGAAACACUUAAGCCCCUAUUUUAAACAUAAAAAGCAUUACCACGGCAAAAUGAUUAGGGUGCUUGAAACAAAAUUGAUCUGCAUAGGCAGAAGUGAUGAAGACAAAUACUUGGAGGAUUUCUUCUUUAUCAAGCCUGAAUGCAACAUAAAAGGGAAGGUUGCACACUGGAAACAAAUUUUGUUCCCAUUGAGAUCCGUGUCUAGAGAACGUUUGCUGUGUGGAAGCUCCCGAGGACAUGUUGCACAUGUGGUGUGCUGUUCUUUUUUCCAUGCUCAGAAUAGUGUUAGUAGUAAGUGAGCAUUUCACUUAGAUGGAAUCUAGAAUGGAAUUUAGACGGAUGGUUGAAAGCUUCAUCUCUGUGUGAGUUACUAUCUUUGACCAACAGUGUCUGUGAUGUGUAAAAUGAAGCGGUCUAUUCAGGGGGUUGAAUGACUAUACCGAGGGCACAUACUUUAUACCUCUGUUUCUUCAGGCUGGAGAGUCUAGCCCUAAUGUUAAAGUGAAGAAGCAGCUGAUUCAGUAUCUCCAGCAUGGGAUAUAGAGACAGUGUCCUUAGGUCCAUUGUGGCAAGUACAGGUGGCUCUAAGUAGCACCAGUAGCCAUGGUCUUAGAACUGUCAGAGUAAAUGUGGUAUGUACCCUGAUGUGUGAGGGACCACACUUCUGAUUGAUAAAAUACGAGUCCUUUCCCAGGGCCAAUAAGAUGAGCAAACACUUCUAGGUUUGCUGUGUGCUCUGAGGAGUUGCUCACUAUGGACCUGUGAGUUUGAAACACAAAGGGGACCCUCACUUUGAAUAAAAUGAUUACGGUUGAUGCUUGGGCUUGCAUAUGUGACCUGUUUUCACUGCGCUUCAGUAACUCUCUCAUAUCUGGCCAUGUCCUAUUCAAAAGCAUGGUUAGAAGCAGAAAGGGGGUUGAUUUCAGAACCCAUGGAUUAUGGAGGGAAUGUUUGCUAGGUCUUUCUAGUCAUGUAUGAGUAAUAUCUGAACACAUGGCAGUGAUACCCUCAUCAUGGAGUCAUUACACAUGUAGGAGACCUUGAGCCUGGAAGAUUCAAUGUAGCAAGUAGUUUGUGGCUUGUUGGUUUGGUGACCAGACUCCUUUAUCUUCAUUCAACAGGGGAGACUAUCUCAAGAGACUAUCUUGAGGCUAUGUAGGUUCCAAAUUCUCAAACUGUGGACCAUGCCCCUUUUCUGAACACAGACAGGAGGCAUGAGAUAUUAGCCAGUAGUGAAAAGAUCCUGAAUAGAAUGGUAUGUAAUGACACAAAGUAAUGCAGAAUUAAGCGCACAGUGUGUCUGUGGUGUCUCAGGUGCCUCCUGCCUUUUCCUUUGGCAGGCUUCGCUGCAGCCUCAGUUCUGAGCACAACAUAAGUUUUGUACUGUACAAGCCACUGACUGCGUGAGGGGUGCCGAGGAAUGCUGCUUGAGGUUCCUUUGUUCAGAGUCCAGCCUAUCAUGUCGUAUGAUUGUCAGUGUGCCAGGAAAGUUUCCAGUCCUUUUAGAAUACAGAACAUAAAUACAUUUACUAUUUUCUGUCCUCAAUCUUCCAAUCCUUAGCACAUAUCAAAUCAGUAUUUUUGGAGUGACUGCCAUUAGAUUAUUUGAUAAGAAAAAUGCUAUGUGAGUUACCCACUUGAGUUUCAAAAACACAUUGUUAAUUAAAUUUACUUAGAAUUAAAACAGUUUCUAACACAGACUGAAAUGACCAUAAGUAGGGAGAUGUCUGGUGUUAUCUAGUGUUUUUGUGUGAAGCAGCACCCUUAGGAUUGGUGACUAUGAAAUCAAAAUAUCAAUCAACUCUGGAAACCUUUCCAAGCCCUGCAGAAUCUAAUAUUCAGCCAAGAUUUAAUUCUUUGUCUAAAAAUAAACAAGCACAUCCACCUCAUUAAUAUAUAAAUUUUACAUGGAACAGGCUCUGACGGGAAGCUAGCAUAUGCCAUCCAAGCUCUUGAAUGUGCCCAAACUCUGUCUUCAGAAGUUGGGAGAGUUUACCAAGGAAGAAAGGGAUAAGGAAGGGUUGGAAUGAGGUUAAAACCUAACUGUUGCCAGUUUUCUUUUAGCUGCUAUCAAUGGCUAAUUCUUACUGAGCUUUAAGGUUUAGGUCUGGGUUUAUCUAUGGCCAUAGUCCUGGAGUAGGGGGCAGGGCAGGUUGUGGGAGGGGCACAAGCAUGGUGAAGAAGAUCCUGGGUGUGUGUGUGUGUGUGUGUGUGUGUGUGUGUGUGUGCAUGCAUAUGUGUAUGUAUUACUUUUGACUGGCUUUGUUUUAUUGUGGAUGACUAGAGACGAGAUCUUUUCCCAGGCUUGCCCCAGACUUGUUACAUGGCCAAGGCUGAUCUUAAAUGUCAGAUCCUCCUGCCUUCACUUCUGUAGUUCUGGGAUUGCAGACAAACACCACUAGGCUCAGUCCAUUCGGUGAUUGGAAUUGAACACCACAUUCCACACAUGCAGGAUGAGCUCUCUGACCCCUGAGCUAUGUCCCCAUCAUGUAGGAAGGUCAUAUUACUGCCAUUCCUGUUUCCCUCAUAUUAGAGUUAAGAGUUUUAGGAUUGACAUUUGACCUUUGCCCCUAAAGAUCCGUUGUCUAUUCACGGAGACUGCGCUCUCUUCUUCAUGACAUACAAGGCCUCAGUGUGCCGUCCUUCUCCUCCACUUCUUUCCAUUGUGCUCCCAUCUACUGUCUAGAUGGUGAUCGCCAAACAUGCUCUCUACUAAACACACACACAAUGCUUCUUCCCCUUAAAUCAAGUUCUGAGCUACAGAGCCAUCACCACCCCAUCCUUUCCUUCUAUGUGUCUGCUUCUGUGAGAACGCCCAGGUUACACCUCCUUCCCUGCUUCCCUCCAUCCUUCAGCUUUCACUCAUCCCCCGACGUGAUCCCCAGAAAGACUCACCCUCUUUAGUAAGCUUCUUUUACUGUGAAAAGGAACACGUGUGUCUGCUUAAAAAAUAUAUUGUUUACAUUUCUACCCCUUGUUUGUCUUUUAUAAUCAUUUAAACCCUAUCUCCUUCAAAGACACCUUUGAAAUUAAUGUCUUUAUGUUUUUAAGCUACAGUAUAUCAGGUUUUAUGACACAGUUCUUUUGUUCACCCAGUUACCUAGUAUAAAAUUUUU